UAUAUACGAUUUAUUUACUUGCUUUAAAUCGGUGAAUUGCUCAUAGUUAAAAGCUAUGUUUUGUAAACAUAUAAAACAAAGAACAUUUGUAAAAUUGAAGUUUAUUUUCAUUUUAUUUGGAAUAGUUGCACAAGAAUCUAAAGCAGAAGUUACGCUAACUCCAUCUUCGUUAAACGUAGUGGAGAACAAUCCCCUGACACUGACAUGUUCUUACUCAGGCAGUCUAACUGUGGAGACUUACAUAAUGACACAGUCGUCAGCACAGACCUCAGUGGGAUCCUUGUUAGCAGACUGUUCUGUAUUUGAUAAACUACCAGAUCCAGCACUGUAUAAGUAUACAUGCCCGACAAACAAUCAACUGUCAUGGAGCAUCCGGAAAGUGACUAGAGUCAAUGAAGGUGAAACUUGGAGAUGUCUUGUAGGAUUUACAACAAUUGGAAGUGAGGACGCAAGUUUUACUAUAGCUGUACAAGUUCCAAUACAGAACGUUACAAUGACAAGUCCAACAGGAAGUGUUGUAACAGUGCAGGAGAAUAUAGAGACUGUAUUUGUAUGCCGUACAUCAGGAGGUUUACCAGCAGCUACUGUACGAUGGUUUCGGGAUCAAACAACUUCAAAUAUCACAGACGAUGUAGAAAUAACGACCUACGCCACGACGUCUAUCAGUAAAACUAACGAUAACCUGUUGUAUGUUACAAGUGUCUUGAGAUAUGCUCCACAGAAAUAUGAAAAUGGAAUGAAAAUCUACUGUGCUGCAAACAAUUCUGCUGAAACCUUAUUAUCAACUAAACAGGUCCUCCUGGAUGUUCAGUAUCCUCCGGAUGAUUCCCCAAUUAUACAAGGCGAUUACGAAACAUAUGUAAUCAUUGCAAACCAUACGGGUGUACUUUCCUGUUCAAUAAAGGGAGGCAAUCCAGUUGCAACGUUAACCUGGAACUGCUUUAAUACCGGAUCAGCAUCAGUUAUUGUUGGUACCACGGUAACAAAGAAUGUUACCUGGACUGCUUCACGUAAUCAAGACAGAUCCUGUACCUGUGGAUCAAGUCAUCCACUUGCCGAAUCACAGUCAGUUUCCGUCAAGGUUGAAACAUUGUACCCGCCAAAUCGACCAAUAAUUAAAGCCAAUGGCAUCAAUACUCCCAGAUCUGUCGACGUUAUCGAAGGUAUGUCUGUCUCUUUGGUAUGCGAGAGCAGCGGAAAACCAAACCCAGACACCUAUAUCUGGAUUAAAGGGGAAACAGCUAUCAAAAAUGGAAAAAGCCUAGCUUUCAGUAGCGUACAGAAACAAGAUGACGGUCAAUACAAAUGUAAAGCACAAAACACAAUGACACCAACGGCAGGAGUCAAGGAAAUUGGAACCAAUAUUUCUGUUGCAGACAUUAACGUUCUAUUUGCACCAACAGUUUUACAAAUGAAGAACGUAACUACCUUAACAGGAACAGCAUUAAAUGUUUCCUGUCCAGUAAUUCCAGGAAAUCCGUCUCUUGCAACGUUUAGAUGGAUAAGAAACAGUGACAGUAGAGAGUGGACAUCAAAGAUAUUGUAUCUAGAGAAGUCCACAAGAGCUGAUGCAACGAUUUAUAAAUGCGAAGCUCGAAAUAGGAUGACACCAAUUGGGUCUGAGUUACAAUACGGAGAAGACAACGGGAUCUUUUACCUGAACGUUUUAUAUCAAACAACAGUCACGUCAUUCUACAUUGCACAUGAAGGUCAGACAUUGGUUACAGUGAACGAACAUGGUGUAGAUAUCAAAAUAACUUGCGAAGUCGACAGCAAUCCUGCUUCCACUAUCAAAAUAACGUUUGGUGGUGAAAUAUUACAAGAACAGACCAACAUAAUGGCGCUGUCAUACACGCUCAAUGAUGUCACGUGUCUCCAGGCUGGUGUUUACACUUGUGAAGGAUAUAACGAAUAUGGACAGCCUUCAAUAAUGAACGUGACUUUAUUCGUUAGAUGUUCCCCACGUCCGCUACACCAGUUCAAACGGAAUAUUACAAGCAUUUUACAUACUCCUGUAACACUGAGCUUUACCACACUAGCAUACCCAGAGCCCGGUCCUUCAGGUUUCUCAUGGCACAAAGAAGAUGGUGUGAGAUGGACGCCGUUGUUGAGCAAUACUGAUUUGAAGAUAUCUUCAUCUGGACUGCAGACUAAUCUGUCUCUCCUAAAUGUAUCACAGACUGAUUAUGGACAAUACAGAGUAACGGUGGUUAACAGUCUUGGCUCUUUUGCACAGUACAUGUAUCUUAAACAUGAAGAAAUCACGACGCAAAGCCAGAUACUCACGAAUAGAGAGUCGACCGUACCGAAUCAGAUAUCAGGAAACAAUAACGUAGAGCCUGACAACACUGCGAUGAUUGUAGGAGUUACACUUGGUAUAAUUAGUACAGUAGUUGUUGUUUAUGCAAUCUAUGUUACUAUCUUACUGAAACGGAAAUCGAUAGACAAAGGAGCCGGUCAGCGGAACAGAUCGACUACCCAAACCACUUACGUGAAUAUGGGAUUCAAAUCGGAUUCCAUUGGCAACCAGGACUGUACAAGUAGCAGCAACAAUACUGAUACUUUUAAAGCAGACAAAGGCAGUUCUGAAGAACAAUACACAAGUCUUCACCUGGAG